ACAACAACAACAGCAGCUGCCAAAAUGGAUGCAGAGGCCUCCAACAGACCCCAGGCCAGAGCUGCAUCUGUGCCAAGCACUGCGCAACCAAACCAGUGCUCCAAUUAUCCAAAGAUGACAACGACCGAAUCAGAAGAGACAACUGUCCAGGCAGCGGGCGCAACAGCAAUUGCAGCCCCAAAGGCGGAGGGGGAUUACCAUCCGCCCACAAGCUACCUGGAGACAAUUGUGCAUCUGUUCAAGGGCAACAUUGGACCAGGACUAUUUGCCAUGGGCGAUGCCUUCAAGAACGGUGGACUAAUUGUCGGGCCGCUGCUGACGAUCGUCAUCGCGGUGAUCAGCAUCCACUGUCAGCACGUGCUCAUCGCCUGCUCCCGGAAGAUGCGCGAUCUGCGCGGCGACGCAAUCUGUGCGGACUAUGCGGCGACUGUGGAGCAGUGCUUCGAGAAUGGGCCCAUCAAAUUGCGCGGCUGGUCGCGCACCAUGGGCCACCUGGUGGACAUAUUCAUCUGUGUCACCCAGCUGGGCUUCUGCUGCAUCUACUUUGUGUUCAUCAGCACCAACGUGAAGCAGAUCCUGCAAGCGUAUGGCAUUGACAUGGAUGUGCAUCUGGUGAUGCUGCUGGCCCUGGCACCGGUGCUGCUCAGCUCGCUGAUAACGAAUCUCAAAUGGCUGACGCCGGUAUCGCUAUUCGCGAAUGUCUGCAUGAUACUGGGACUGGCCAUAACGCUGUACUAUGCUCUGAAGGAUGGCCUGCCGGAGGUGAGGGAACGCGCCUACUGGACGAAUGGCUCCCAGCUGGCGCUCUUCUUCGGCACCGCCAUCUUUGCCUUCGAGGGCAUCGCCCUGGUGAUGCCGCUGAAGAACGCCAUGCGUAAGCCGCACCAGUUUGAGAGCACGCUGGGCGUGCUCAAUGUCGGCAUGUUCCUUGUCUCCGUCAUGUUCAUGUUCGCCGGCUCUGUCGGCUACAUGAAAUGGGGCGACCACGUUGGCGGCAGUCUAACGCUCAAUCUUGGCGAUACCAUCCUGGCGCAGGCGGUCAAGCUGAUGGUCUCCAUGGGCGUCCUGCUCGGCUAUCCACUGCAGUUCUUUGUCGCUGUCCAGAUCAUGUGGCCCAGCGCCAAGCAGAUGUGCGGCCUGGAAGGCCGUGCCCUCAACGGGGAGCUCAUCUUCCGCAGCCUGCUGGUGCUCGUGACGCUGGCCAUUGCGGAACUGGUGCCCGCCUUGAGUCUGUUCAUCUCGCUAAUUGGCGCGCUCUGCUCCACGGCAUUGGCCCUGGUCUUUCCGCCUGUCAUCGAGCUGAUUGCGCGCAGCGAGCCGAACAAGGGGCCAGGCAUUUGGAUUUGCCUCAAGAAUCUCAUCAUUCUCGUUCUGGCGCUGUUGGGCUUCUUCACCGGCUCCUACGAGAGCCUCAAGGAGAUUGUCAAGCACUUUGGCGAGGAGGAGCAGCACUAGCUCUUCGCUCCGGGCGACUAGCACGUUCUCAAGCAUCUGGCUCAAAUAGCCAUAACCUAUAUAUAUAUAUAU